AUGGCAAAAACAAAGAGAAAGAGUGAACAACCUCACUAUGAUACGAACGCCUCCAAGGAGGAUAGCAAUAUGCUUUCCACACCGGCGGCUAGUCCUUCAGAGAGAGCUUGCGUGGUGACCACGAAGGAUAGCGAUAACACUACCUCGUUGUCGAAACGGUCGAAAGUUAGUACUGUUAACGAAGAGGGAAUUGAUAGCCCUUCUACAACACAUGAUACGGAUAAAAAUAAUAGAAAAUACUCGUUUAAAAUCAACCCUGCCCCCACUGAUAGGCCUGUACGUAUAUAUUGUGACGGAAUAUAUGACCUCUUCCAUUUCGGACACGCUCGCUCUCUAGAACAAGCGAAAAAAUCGUUCCCCGAUGUCUAUUUGCUUGUUGGCGUCUGCUCCGAUGAAAUAACGAAUCGAAAAAAGGGGAAGACGGUGAUGGACGAGAAGGAAAGGGUUGAAUCAGUCAGGCAUUGUAAAUGGGUGGAUGAGGUUAUUCCUGAUGCUCCGUGGGUGAUUGACCGGGAAUUCUUAGAAAAACACAAGAUCGACUAUGUCGCGCACGACGACAUUCCAUAUUCCUCCGAGGAUUGCGAGGAUGUGUACGAAUUUGUAAAAAAAAUGGGAAAAUUUCUUCCCACACAAAGAACGGAGGGUGUAUCAACGUCCGACAUCAUAACUCGCAUAGUACGAGAUUAUGAUCAAUAUGUGAGACGAAACCUUGAAAGAGGGGUUUCGCCAAAAGACCUGAAUCUCGGAUUUCUAAAGGAAAAAGAAUUUCACGUCAAAAAAUCUAUCUCGGAAAUUCGUUCAUCUAUUCACAAGAACUGGUCUGGCACGAAAAUGGAAUUGAGCAACGACAUAGAAAGCGUCGUGGAUAAAUUCCUUCGGCGACGGCCUCGCAGGACGUCGGCUGUCGAAUCGGAAGCUGCCGAAGAAGAAUCGAAUAGAAAUGGUUCUUCGGAUGAGGACCAAUUGGAACGAUCGAGGAGUGUUUCACCCGUAAGAAGAGUUAUCGAUUUCAUCACAAGAGAUAGCAGAGGACAAAAAUGA